AGAUCAUAUAACAGUCAAACCUCGGUUGACUAAAAAUAAAUGUUUCUACCCACCUUCAUCUGCUUGAUGGCUGCCAUAUUCAUUGUGCAGGCCGAGGCUCAAACAUCUCUCGACCCUAGACUGAACAUGAAGAGAAUAAGUUACCUGACUACUUUUUAUGGGUCGGUAACAUUUGGAGAUGUCAAAAAGUAAAGUAAAGUAAAGUAAAGUAAAGUAAAGUAAAGUAAAGUAAAUAUAUUUUUUUUAAAAUUAAGUAAAAUCAUUUUUUUUUUUUUUUUUUUUAACUUAGAGUAAACUUUGACUACUGACAUAACCUGCAAUACAUGUGUAACCUGCAAUACAUGUGUAACCUGCAAUACAUGUGUAACCUGCAAUACAUAUUUUUUUAAAAAUUAAGUAAAUUUUUUUUUUUUUUUUUUUUUUUUAACUUAGAGUAAACUUUGACUACUGACAUAACCUGCAAUACAUGUGUAACCUGCAAUACAUGUGUAACCUGCAAUACAUGUGUAACCUGCAAUACAUGUGUAACCUGUAAUACAUGUGUAACCUGCAAUACAGGUGUAACCUGCAAUACAUGUGUAAUUGAAACACAAAAAACAAAAGCAAUAGUUAUUUCCAUUUAAACACUUAAUGAAACUAACUUUGGAUUAUGUUUCAUAGUAAAGCGAAGUCAAAAAACGGAAAAUUUAUAUUGGCUUUCCAGUGAUGGAAAAUAGACGCUAAAUCUAUAAAAAAAAUUAUUUUUUAAACUUUAAGUUCAAUAAUUUCCAGAUCGAUUAUUUUUAAAUGUGGUUGCAUUACUAUGCAAAAAACGUGAAUUAAUUGUCUAUCAAGUGUAUCGUUUCAUUGUUGCAUAAUUAUUUAUUUUUACUACUCGUGCUGGAGUCCACCAGUUGCUUCCCCGAAACAAUUGCAAAUCCAACUAUUUUGUGCUGGAUAUGUUCUUAAAAAUCUUUUCAGUCAAGCAAUUUACUUAUAUAUUUAUUGCAUGCAAUCAGUUGAUUAGAAACGUGUUUUACACAUAAAAAUUAUCUUUACUGGUUUUAUUCAUUUCAUCUAUGUAGACUUCACACUGCACUGUGCGGAGACUCAACAUUUGAAUACACGGUAACGCGAACUUCAUUCAACACAACUUUAACCAAAAUUAACGAUUUUCCCAAAAACUUGGAUCCCAAGAAUUAUCAGUCGUCAUUCCUGUGUGAAAGGAACCAUAAUUAUUUUUUCAUAUGUCAAAGAAUUUCAAAGAAUUACACUCCUCAAUACAUGCAGCGCUGGUACAGAUUUCAAAUUGACAAUGUUUUGUGUAAUACGAAUUGCGUAAAUGUACUGUCAGGCGUCGAUCAGCUGCUGGAAAAUAAACAUUUUAUUGAUGUGACAUUGGAAUUGAGUAAACACUGUGAGAGAUUGAGCAGCGGUACCUUAGCCACCAAGGGAUCAACUGACAUCUUAAGUGUAUCGCAAAAUUUAAAGUUGACACAAUCAGCCUCUGUCUCAGCAACGGUUCAAAGAUCUACUUUGAAGACGAAUUCCAAAUUCACAUUCAAAGCCAUCUCGGGAUCACGUUUUGAUUCCAAAUCUAAUUUUGAAACUUCUACUCUACCAGAAGCAAGGUCGAACCUGGUGUCCCUCUUUACAUCUAUGUCAACAAGAAAUGUCCACAAAUAUCCAACAAAUCCAUCCUCUGAAGUUAGGCCUUGUUAUUCGUCAACCCGCGCUGACACAGGGAAUUCAACAUCCUCGGCUACUGAUGCACGAAAUAAAGUUGACCUGUACGUGGUAAUAAUCCUAACCGUGGCGUUAGGACUAAUGAUUGCCGUCUUGUCAGCUGCCGUCUGUGGGUUGUUAAUAAAGAGGCGCAGAAAACGUGACACUGGAUCAUUUCCACUGGAAGAAAUCUCCGGCAACAACGGGAAAAACACGUCAGCUAUUAUUGAUAUCUUUGAACCGAAGGUUAAAAACAAACCAAAUCAAAAGGGCUUAUAAAAAUAUCUAUAUUAUUUCAUAUGUAUCGCAUUUAUUUGUUUCAAUUCAUGCAAGAAAUUUAUUCUAUAAUUGUGUGCUUUAUUUCCUGGUGCCUAUUAUUUGUUAAGAUG